UGCAUGACGACAACGACAACGACAACCGCAGUGGAAAGGCCGUGGGACUCGCUUGACAGACACGCAGCGUCUCGAGAACUUGUCGAUGGUGGAGACUGCCACGUUGACGGACGCGUUCGAUGGUCCCAGACCCAAGCUGACGCCAAAGCGGUUGGCCGAAGAGUACGGCGUGCGUGACACAGGGAGUGAUCCUCAAAUUAAUCAAACAACGGCGCAAGUUCAUGGUGCGGUUUGCGUCAGGUCGGGAGGACGUUAGCGGGAGUCGGAGGCGGGGCGGCGACGACUCCAAGGUCGCGUUCGAGAACGACUUGUACGCGUGGAUCUGUGGUCAAAGGGCAGGCAACGGCGCCGUGAUUUCCCCGCCGAUCGUCCAGCAGCAAGCACUGGUCGUCGCCAAAAGAUACACCAACAUGAACACGUUUCAAGCAUCGCGGGGGUGGUACUAUCGCUUCUGCAACCGGUACGACAUGUUGAGUCUGAUCACGUCAUCCGUGGCAAUGGAUGAUAACGUCACCUCCCAGUCGCCUUUGGCCACGUUGUCGUCGUCAUCACCAACCUCUCACAGGUAACGUUACAUUCUUUUUCGUUCUGUUUGAAUAUAAGGUUCGUACUGGCCCCUUGUAGUCCUGUCUGAGUAACAGGUACUAGUAGUAGUAGUACAAGUAGGAUGACAUGAACAGGUAGUAGAC